AUGACGCAGUUAGACGGUGUAGUAAAACCAAAGACAAAGCGCUCCAAGCGCUUCUUGGACAACAGAGCCCCCAAGCUGAUUGAGGAUGUGAAGACUGCCAUGAUAAUGAAAGGGGGGAACACCAGUCAGACCAUCACCCAGGCCCUCAAGGACAUAUAUGCUCUGAAGAAGCCCAAUGCUGUGCUGUACAAGAAGAAGAACAUAACACGGCCGUUCGAGGACUCAACAUCACUGGAAUUUUUCUCCAAGAAGACAGACUGCUCUCUGUUUCUGUUUGGCUCCCACAACAAGAAACGGCCAAACAACGUCAUAUUUGGUCGUAUGUUUGACUUUCACGUGCUGGACAUGAUUGAACUUGGAAUUGAGAAGUUUGUCUCUCUGAGUGAUAUUAAGGCCAGCAAAUGUCCUGAAGGGACCAAACCAAUGCUUGUGUUUGCAGGGGAGGCUUUUGAUACCGACAAUGAACACAAACGCCUGAAGAGUCUGCUCAUAGACUUUUUCAGAGGUCCCACUGUGUCUGCAGUGCGUCUGGCAGGUUUGGAACAUGUCCUGCACUUCACUGCCCUGGAAGGGAAAAUCUACAUGCGCAGCUACAGGUCUCUGUUGAAGAAGUCUGGGUGCCGGACGCCGCGGAUAGAGCUCGAGGAGAUCGGGCCAUCAUUCGACUUAGUCCUCAGAAGAACACAUCUGGCUUCAGAUGACUUAUACAAGUUAGCCCACAGACAGCCAAAGGCUCUGAAGGCCAAGAAGAAGAAGAACAUUUCCCACAAUGUCUUCGGUACCAAGUUCGGCCGGGUGCACAUGCAGAAGCAGGAUCUGUCCAAACUGCAGACACGUAAGAUGAAGGGCCUGAGGAAGAGGAAGGGAGGGGUGGUUGCUGAAGGCCAGGACGGACAGGCACCCAAAGUGGCCAAAGUAGAGAGCUAAAGUGCUUACACAUCGAUGUCCAUCACCUGGUUCAUAAGACUGACCAUGUGCUUACCGCCAGCUUUUUACAUGCAUGGGUGUGUGAGCAGCCACCAGGCAGAGAGGAUGCAGAUCUAUUAUUCCUCCUCCUAUUGUGUUUUUUUCACCCUUUCAUAUGUGACUUUCAAAUGGUUCUUUGUCUCAGUUCUCUGGUAAAACCACACAAACACCAGAAAAAGGUGAAAUCCAACAAAUGUUAUGUAUCAUCUACUGUUGGAAGGCUGCCUGGAAAUGAAUUGAAUUUCAGCCAGUCAAUAAUUGUGUCAUUUCUCUGGAAACACUCACUUUAAAGGAAAUAAAACAAACUCUACAGGCAGAUUAGAGCUUUAAUUGUUA